UCCUAGCUCAGGUGUUGUUGUUUGAUCCCUACAGGUCUCCGUACUGGAAUGUUAAUAGCAUGACGUCACUCGUCCUGCCAACAAGAAACUUGUUUGGCAGCAACAGUAACAGUGAGGGAUUUCACUCGAAAAGCUUUAAAAAUAAAUAAAUAAAUAAAUAAAUAAAUAAAUAAAUAAAUAACACACUACGGUAAAUACAAUCUUCCGAGCUGUGAUUCGGCACUUGUGGCGCUGUAAUGAUAGCGUAUUACAACCCCGGGACACCGUGAACUAGACAAUGACAAACACACCGAAAAGUUACAUGGAUGAACGCGAAGGUAAAGAGGGGUGCAGGUGCGUAGGAUGUGGAGGAAGGAUUGUGGAUGCAUUCUUCAUCAAAGUCCACAAUGAAGUUUGGCACAACUCCUGCUUCCAGUGUUCUGAGUGUAGUGACCAUUUGAUUAACUGGUACUACGAGAAGGAUGGCAAACUCUACUGUCGCAAACAUUACUGGGAAAAAUUUGGGGAGUCCUGUCAUGGCUGCUCCCUGCUCAUGACCGGUCCAGCAAUGGUGGCUGGGGAGUAUAGGUAUCAUCCAGAGUGCUUUGUGUGUUUGAUCUGCAAAGUGAUCAUUGAAGAUGGAGACACGUACGCACUGGUGGAACGCUCUAAACUUUAUUGUGGAAAGUGUCACCACCAGAUUGUCCUGACACCAAUGUUUGAAAAUCUUUCCCUGAACUCUCCCCUUGACUCCUUACCCCACACCGUCACACUCCUCUCAGUCCCUGCUGCCACCAAUGGCAAACGAGGCUUCUCUGUGAAAAUAAUUGGGGAUUGUACCAACGGCACCACUAGUGUUCAAGUGAAAGAAGUCAGAGGAAUGCACAUCAGCCCAGAGGUGCGAAAUGCUAUUCACCCAGGAGAUCGGAUCUUGGAGAUCAAUGGGUUCCAAGUACAGAGUUUACUGGAAGAGAAGAUUGAAGAUCUGAUCCAGAGCAAUCAGACACUACAGCUGUUGAUAGAACACGACCCUGUUCGGCAGAGCUUGGAACGACUGCGACUGACAUCGUCUCCAUCGCGCCUGGGCGUGCCGACCCCCUCUCGCAUGAGACUCUCCUCCCCCUCCCGCUCAAUCUCCGCACUGGAAAGCGAAAACGUUGAUAGUACGCUGAAGAGACGAUCAGUCAGGCGAAGCAGCAGUACUUGCAAAUCACCUGGUCCCUCCUCUCCAAAGGAGCAUCCCGCCCUGUACCGGGACAUCAGCCGCUCCGAAUCCCUGCGCUCCUCCUCCAGCUGCUCCCACCGGAUAUUCCGCCCAUGUGACCUCAUCCAUGGGGAGGUGCUGGGAAAGGGCUUCUUCGGGCAGGCGAUCAAGGUUACGCACAAAGCUACAGGAGAGGUGAUGGUCAUGAAGGAGUUAAUUCGCUGUGAUGAGGAAACACAAAAUACUUUCUUAAAAGAGGUGAAAGUCAUGCGGUGUUUGGAACACCCCAAUGUCUUGAAAUUUAUUGGAGUUCUGUACAAGGACAAAAAACUGAAUCUAAUAACAGAGUACAUAGAGGGAGGAACUCUAAAGGAUUUCAUCAGAGACAUGGAUCCAUUUCCAUGGGAACAGAGAGUCAGCUUUGCCAAAGGCAUCGCUUCCGGAAUGGCUUACCUGCAUUCAAUGAGCAUCAUCCAUAGAGACCUCAACUCUCACAACUGCCUGGUCAAACUGGACAAUACUGUGGUGGUGGCCGAUUUCGGUCUUUCCCGUCUAAUUGUGCAAGAGAAGAAGACCAGCCCUCCUCCUGAGAAAUCCACCACAAAGAAAAGGACGUUCAGGAGGACUGAGCGCAAGAAACGCUACACUGUGGUGGGGAACCCCUACUGGAUGGCACCCGAGAUGCUGAAUGGUAAAAUCUAUGAUGAAAAAGUGGACAUUUUCUCUUUUGGCAUUGUACUUUGUGAGAUCAUUGGACAAGUAUAUGCUGACCCAGAAUGCUUGCCCAGGACACUAGAUUUUGGACUGAAUGUGGGAAUGUUUUUGGAAAAGUUUGUUCCUAAAGAUUGCCCACCUGCCUUUUUCCCAUUGGCUGUUGCUUGCUGUGAUCUCAUCCCUGAAAACAGACCUGCCUUUGAGAAUCUGGAGGAUUGCUUUGAGGCUCUGGCCCUGAACCUGGAAUUGUGCAUCCCUCUCCCAGCCAAGAUGGGUGAACUGGACCACAGCCUUUACAAACUGCACAGCCCACCCCAGACCCGCCUGCCAGAGAAUGGAAUUUUAGCUGCUGACACCAGCUUGUAACAUGCACUACAAUACAGUAUAAGGAAGCCAGAGAAAUCAACAGUUACAGGUUCUCCCCACCUCCUGAGUAAACCAAGUUCUGAGCGAGGCUUGGGUAGAGAGACUGGACCUGUGACACUCGCUCAAAUACUAAUUGCAUUAAGGGUAGGCUCAAUUUUAUAUUGUUUUGACACUGUGUAACCACACCAACAAAUUAAUUUGAGAUGACAACGCUGUGGAUUUGCUGAAGAUUUCAUGAGUGAAUCAGUAGUGUAGCAGCAUUUCAGUCAAUUAACAGUAUGACUCCCAUCUCUCUUGCGUGUUAGACAACCUAUAAACAGGAUUAAAACCAUUGGCAAAUUGUAUGUGGGGCGGAAAAGCAGUCCAUUUCAUAAAGCCCUUGAUAUUGGAUGUGGUUUUGAUUAAAUGGGACCUAGUUUACAGUAUAGGUAAUGCUAGUUUACUAGUCUUACUAAUAUACCUGACAACUAAAAAUACACGUUUGCAAGUAUAUUGCUAAACUUGAUCUUUUUGGCAGUAUCUGUAUAUUUGGGUGGAAAUGGCUUGACUGUUUAAUUUAUUUCAAGGUCAUUGCAAGCCCUGAACCUAAAUGAUUGUGGACUCUUCUGUAAAGUGGAUUGAAAGGCAUGUUUGUAAGAUAGAAGUGUAUAUAUCUCUAUGUAUUAUACAAAUGCAUGGACAUAAUUCAAUUCCUAAUUGGGAAGAGGUGAGAUUAAAAAAACAUUUUCUAUAACGAACAUAACAUAAAUGCAUGUAGACUGUGAAAUACUGUAUAGUACAUGUCAAAUGUGCAAAUGGUCUUGUUUUACUACAAAUGUUGUGAGGUACUGAUAUGUACAAGUUGUAACCACUACAAUAUAGAUCAUUUAGUGUUAUCCACCACACUAAAAGAGAUACAGGAAAUAAAGGGUUGAUUCAGGCUGGAACGUCA